AAAAAAACAAAAGUUCGCGCUCCUAAGCUCUAAUCGAUCAGUCGAAAAUGAAAGCUAGGUUAGGUUUAUAAUAUUAUUCGUAGCAACUUCAUGUUCUUUAAUUUUCAGUGGUCUUUUGAAGCUUGACAGUCAGCCAAGAUGUCGCUCGUCAUACCAGAGAAAUUUCAACAUAUUCUUCGUGUCAUGGGCACCAACAUUGAUGGUAACAGAAAAGUCAUGUUCGCUAUGACUGCCAUCAAGGGUGUAGGGCGGCGAUAUGCCAAUAUUGUCUUGAAAAAAGCCGACAUCGAUCUGGACAAACGUGCCGGUGAAUGUUCUGAAGAAGAGGUAGAGAAAAUUGUUACCAUCAUGGCUAAUCCCAGACAAUAUAAAAUCCCUGACUGGUUCCUCAACAGGCAGAAAGAUAUUGUUGAUGGCAAAUACUCACAGCUUACAAGUUCCAAUUUGGACUCAAAGCUUCGUGAAGAUUUGGAGCGUAUGAAGAAAAUUCGCGCACACAGAGGACUUCGACACUACUGGGGUCUCCGUGUUCGUGGUCAACACACAAAGACUACAGGAAGACGUGGUCGUACUGUUGGUGUAUCCAAAAAGAAGUAAUUUAAUAUUGUAUUAAGAGAAAUAAAAAGAAUUUUUAAUUAUAUUCGU